AAUUAUUAUUUUAUCUAUAAAAAAGGUGUUAAAUUAGUUGCUUCACUUGAGACUAAUUGUCAUAGAAAAAUACAAAUACAAAAAUAAAUAUUUUAAAAAAAUAUUAGAAGUUGCACAACAAGAUUAGACUUUUUCUCCCUAAUUAUUUUCAUUGUAAUUGGGUGAGAGAGAUUUAAGAAAGUGCAACAAAGACUGUGCUUUCUUUUUCUCUUUCCCCCUUAUUCAAAUUCUAGGGUUUUCAAUUUUCAUUUUAGAUUUCCAUCAAAAAUGGCUACGCAAAAUGGAGGUCAACCUCCAGCUAUGGAUCAAGCAGUAUUGGACGACAUUAUCAGACGACUUUUGGAGGUUCGUCUAGCUCGUCCAGGAAAACAAGUUCAGUUAUCAGAAUCGGAGAUUCGACAACUUUGUCUAACUUCUCGUGAAAUCUUUAUUCAACAACCUAAUCUCCUCGAAAUUAAUGCUCCGGUCAAGAUUUGCGGUGAUAUUCAUGGACAGUAUAGUGAUUUGUUAAGGCUUUUUGAGUAUGGUGGUUUCCCUCCUCAAGCAAAUUAUUUAUUUAUGGGGGACUAUGUGGAUCGUGGCAAGCAAAGUCUUGAGACAAUCUGUCUUCUGCUCGCCUACAAGAUUAAGUAUCCUGAGAACUUCUUCCUUCUUAGAGGAAAUCACGAGUGUGCAUCCAUCAAUCGAAUAUAUGGAUUUUAUGAUGAAUGCAAGAGACGGUUUAAUGUGAGACUUUGGAAGACCUUUACAGAAUGCUUUAACUGUCUUCCUGUUGCUGCUUUAGUAGAUGAUAGAAUAUUGUGCAUGCAUGGUGGACUUUCUCCAGACCUGCAAAACAUGGAUCAAAUUAGAAAUUUGCCCCGUCCUAUUGCGGUGCCUGAUACUGGUCUGCUUUGUGAUUUGCUCUGGGCUGAUCCUGGCCACGAUGUGAAGGGAUGGGCGAUGAAUGAUAGAGGAGUUUCAUUUACCUUUGGUGCUGAUAAGGUGGCUGAAUUCUUGACAAAACAUGAUUUGGACCUGGUCUGCCGUGCACAUCAGGUGGUAGAGGAUGGUUAUGAAUUUUUUGCAGAUAGGCAGCUCGUCACUAUAUUCUCGGCCCCUAAUUACUGUGGUGAAUUUGAUAAUGCUGGAGCAAUGAUGAGUGUUGAUGAGAACCUGAUGUGCUCUUUUCAGAUUCUCAAGCCCGCAGAGAAGAAGAAUAAAUUUUUAAUGUCAACGAGAAUGUGAUAUAUGAAUCUUGCAUCAUAGGGAACCUUUGGUCUUAGUUGAUCGGAAGACUUAAAAUGAAGACGUGGGAAAGAAUUGAUGGUUGUUGAGUAAAGAGUAGCUGCAUCUCCUUCAACUACUGAUCGGUAGCUCGUCUAUGAAAAUUAUAGAUUUCCACGUAGACUCAACCCUCCGCUUGAUGGUGCCAAUACCCGUGACUCAGUUUCUUGUACAUUUGUAUUGGCAGCUCGUAGUUUCCUUCAUUUACCCUUUAUAGUCAUUUGCGUUCGACAUGUUGCUGCAAGUAACUAUUCUUCUGCAAUUUGAAUAGGCCAAUCUAGUGGUCUCGCAAAUGUGCAAUUUCACAUUAAUGUGCAAUGAGUUUAGUUUGAAAACUAUGAUCUUAUAUAUAUGUUGGUCUCACUAACAAGCCUCCGGAGGUUCUGGUCAUGUCCGAUACAUUUAUUUGGAUAAAAAUCAAAAUUCAAAUCAAACCAAAUAAAAUUGGAUCAAUGUUUUGGUUUGGUUUUGAUUUGAAUUGAAAAUUUCAAUUUAAAAUUUUUAAAUAAUGAAUAUUGGUUUUUUGCUGACACCAACACUAAAUCUGUAAAUAGGAUACCUUGUGUAGAAACCAAUCAGAAGUAGACACCAGCACUAAAUCUACAAAUAUCAUAAUGAAAAUUUGACCGAUAAUAAGUUUAUCGGUCCUAUAUUUUUUAUAAUUUACUAUAAUUAUUUCUAAAAUAAAAACCGCAUAGAAAUCAUCUUUUUUUAAGGAAAAAUUACCCUGAAUAAUACGAACUUUUACUGAUUUCCCAAUAAUAAUACGAACUUUCAAUUAACCAUAAAUAAUACGAACUUUGACAUGUGUUUUCCGCUGGUAU